CUUACUUCCCAAGGGAAAUGAAAGACCAAACUUAUUAUACUUAAUCAAAUGCCACUUCUUCUCCAUUUCUACUCCCUCAAUAAUAAAUACCUUCUAAGUUCUAAUAUUAUUUAUAUAUCAACCAGGGCGGCCAAAUAAACUAAACUAAUACCCAGGUGGUAAUAGCCAACCAAGUAGAAGAGCCCCAUUCCCCUGCUUAUAUGCCCACCCCACCAAACCAAAAGAACCCAAAGAAACAGUUAAGAGGAAGGGAGAAAGAAGUAGAGACCACCCUUCUCAUGGACCUUAGAAGAAGGUCCAAAUCCGUACCUACGCCGCCGAAACGCCACCACAAGCCGGAGGUUCUUCUCGGCCGGUACGAGCUCGGCCGCCUCCUCGGCCGCGGUACCUUCGCCAAGGUGUACUACGCCCGCUCCCUCGCCGACGGCUCCGGCGUCGCCGUCAAGGUCCUCGACAAGCCCGAAAUCAUCGAGACCGGCAUGGCCCCACGGGUCCUCCGCGAAGUCUCCGCCAUGCGCCGCCUCUCUCAUCCGAAUAUCCUCAAGCUCCACGAGGUCAUGGCGACCAAGUCCAAGAUAUACCUGGUCAUGGAGCACGCCGCCGGCGGCGACCUCCUCUCCCUCCUGGCCCGCCGGGGCCGCCUCGCCGAGCCCGUUGCCCGCCGCUACUUCCAGCAGCUCGUGGCCGCCCUGCGCUACUGCCACGCCCGCGGCAUCGCCCACCGCGACGUCAAGCCGCAGAACCUCCUCCUCGACCGCCACGGCAACCUCAAGGUCUCCGACUUCGGCCUCUCCGCCCUCCCCGACCAGCUCGGAGACGACGGCCGCCUCCGCACCGCCUGCGGCACCCCGGCCUACACCGCGCCGGAGAUCGUCCGGCGGAAGGGCUACGACGGCGCCAAGGCCGACGCGUGGUCGUGCGGCGUCAUCCUCUUCGUGCUGCUCGCGGGGUCGCUGCCGUUCGACGACGCCAACAUCGCGGUCAUGUACAAAAAGAUCCAGAAGCGGGAGUACGAGUUCCCGCCGUGGAUCUCCGGGUCGGCACGGCGGCUGGUGGCGAGGCUGCUGGAUCCGAACCCGGAGACGAGGAUGACGAUCGAGGCUCUGGCGGAUCACCCUUGGUUCAAGAGAUCGCUCAGUCUGGACUCCCAGCUGAGCCUGAUGGACCUGCCACCCAGCGCUGGCGCCGGCGCCGCUACGGCCAUGAACGCUUUCGACAUAAUAUCGCUGUCGUCGGGACUGGAUUUGUCGGGCUUGUUCGACGACGGGAAGAAGAGGGAGAAGCGGUUCACGUCGACGGCGUCGGUGGAGACGAUCAUGCGAAGGAUCGAGGAGAUUGGUGCAAAAUUGGGGUACUUGGUGGAGAGGAGGAAGGGAGGGGCAGUGGGGUUGGGGAGGUGGGGGUCGGUGGUGUUGGUGGUGGAGGUGUCGGAAGUGGUGUCGCCGCUGCUUCUGGUGGAGGUGAGGGUGGACGACGGCAGCGCAGGUGACACAGAGGAAUUUGGUUGGGGAGAAUUGAAGGCAGAGCUUGGGGACAUUGUUUUUGCUUGGCAUAGUAAGGAGGAUUCAUGAGGGUAGAAGGGGACUCCAAAUUGGCUGUAAUAUUAGUGUAGAUAUUGUGUUUGCUAGAAUACAGAGGAAAUGUUGGGUUUGAUGCACUAGAAUUUUCUUUCUUUGUUUUUCUUUUGUUUUUUUUUUUUUGGUUUGUUUUGCUAUUUGUGGUCAUGGGAUAGAUGAUGGAUUGGGAUUGAGCAUUAGUUCCUUGCCAAUUGGAGAGGUCUCAAAGUCAGCAAUUAGGUAUGGGAAAGAGAAUACUGGUGGGGAAAUGAGUCUCAAGUGUCAGAACAGUCCAAAGCUCCAGUGUAUCUGUUGACAUCCGCGCAGGCGUAGAAACUUAUGCAAACGAAAACUGGAUUUGUUUCAUGCUGUUUCUUUGCAAAAUAAUAAUAAUAAUAAUCACUCCCCAUGUUUAUAUGUAAAAAGGCUUGUGCUCCUCUUAUUUUGUUUAAAACCAAGUAUCUUUUUUUUUUUCCCCUUCUUAGGAUGAAUUCGAUAGCUCAAUUUUUUUUUUUUUUUCACUUUGGCAAGAAAUAAUAAAAUAAUAAAUGUAAUCCUUGAUUAUCUUA